GAGAUCCAUGCAACACGUUUCCCUUUUUUCUUUGUUUUUACGCCUGACAUAAUCCCGUUUUCAAAAUAUUCCAUUAGUCGCAAAUAAAUAUUUGUUUCCCAAAAAAAGUUUUUCUUUGAAGGUUUCAAACAUUGUGGCGGUUGCUCUACGACCUUUAUCAAGGCUGAGGAGACACUGGGGAAUUUAGUUUUGUAUAUUUCUACUGCUUGGCGAUUGGGUUAGCUGAUUCCGACGUGGGUCUUCUUGUUUGGGCGAUGGUCUGCUCGUUUGUAGCCUUUCAAUAUAAGGUAUAGCAUCUAAUUAUGAGUGUUAGUAAACAUAUACAUGUUGCUGUUUCCAUUAUUUUUUCGGCUGUUUACGCAUAAUCGAGGAUUGCAUGUUGUAAUGGGGUUUCUGGAGGUUCAGUGGGAUUUGAAAGACUGAAGAUUUGAUGGGUUUCUUUGGCACCGAUGGGCGUUGAAUUUGGAGUCUUGGUGCUUCUGAAGUGUCCAGUGGGUUUGUAGCAAAUUUGGUGAAUGUAUUGAUUUGGGUUCGUUCUGGAUCCGAGUGUUGCCUCUGUCUUGUUUUGAGGCAGUUUGGCUUGAUUUGAUGCCAUCCUCUUCUUCGUGUAUAUGACUGAUUUGGUUCUCAAUAAAUAGAAAACAUGGCGUUUUGAGGUUGAAACAUUGCAAUUCACCGUGAAGUGCGGGGUUUUGAAUGAUAUAAUUUUUUUUUUUAUUGGACAGGGAAGUUCAUUCAGGUUUUUGUGGAUUGGAUUGGUUUGAUAAACUUCCUUAUUGUUAUUGGAUUGAUUAUUCCAAGGUAAGCUAAAAAUCAUGGACUUAGCUCAUAAAGAACCAGCGGUUAAUGGAGAGGCAGAUGUAAUGGACAGGGACCUCUUGGGAGACACUCCUCUCAGGGAGCCCCCUCUCUACUGGACCAAUUUUCAGGGUAUGGUGAGACAGAAAGCCUAUAUUUUUGAUGGCCAUGGGAACUUUUAUAAUAAGGAAUGGGAUCUUGCAGAGGGUGGAGGCAAUGAGUUUUGUUGGUACCAUGUGGAGCUUCCAAGAGUAAAUGAAAAACUGUCACAAUCUGCACAAUACCUCAUUGGUGUUCUUUGUCCACCUUUGAAACUCCAAGACAUUCUUUCGCUCGUCAGCAAUGGACCCUUUUGUGGGCAUGUUGAUGGGGCUCUUGUCUUCAGAAUUAAUUCACCUGGCCCUCCCUCGAGCGAUUUUACAUUUAGAAUUGCUGCUAGAGUUACUGAGAAUUCAGUCAUCACAGUAUCUUUAGGUCGUGUUCCUAGAUUGGGAUUCUCGCGGAUGGCUCAGUCUCUUCUCUCAGAGAUUCCUAGAGUGGAGAGUUCAUAUCUUAGGGGUGAACAUAAGGAAGGGGGUGGAACUGUUAUCAGGGAGCAUGUUCUCGAGUUCUUGUUGACAAUGAAUCACUCUGAGGAGGCUGAUAAUCCCGUGCCAAAAUCUAUCUCUAAUCUUGUUGUUCACAUUCUUGACACACAUGUGGAUCACCUUCAAGAUGUUGUGACUAAACUUGAGAUAGAGCUGGAUUCCGUGGAGCUUCAAUUGGAUAAAGGUGGUUUUGCUUUGAAGAAGCAAAUGCUAGAUGAUAGAAGAUUCCCCAAAAUGCAUCUUAAUUUGCAGCGCCUUCUGCAGGUGAUAGCACAUGGGGAGCAAGUAUUUCCGCGGGUGAAAGAGAAAUGUUCUUCAAAAAGUUGGUUUGGUAGUGAAGACAUUAACUCCCUUGAAGAGUUGAUCGGACGGUUAAGGAGGCUAAAAGACAAUGUGGGGUUCAUAGCAAAUCGUGUCACAGCAAUCCAAGCAGGACUUGAUAGCUGGCAGGCCGAGCAAAUAAACAGGAAACUAUAUUAUCUUUCAUUCCUUUCCAUAAUAUUCCUUCCGCUGUCCAUCAUCACCGGGGUGUUUGGCAUGAAUGUGGGAGGAGUUCCAUGGACAGGGCAAAUGAACUCAAAGUCAAAAGAUGGUUUCCGGAAUGUCAUGUUACUCUGCGUGGCAAUGUUACUUAUGGUACUGAUGUGCUUCUGUUUCCCUGCUCUAUAUACCCAUUUAGCUGCUUGGCAGCGGAGGAGGGUUAUGAGAAGAAGCUGGUCUCUCAACAGGAAGUCAAUCCUCAUGAGAACCGCAGGAAAUGGAGGAGCUCAAGAAAGAGGAGGUUACCUUCGGAUUUGAAUGGAACUGAAAAUGUGUUUAUUAUUAUCUUCCUGUAUGUAUCUCUUUUAGCAAACACUCUCCUCAUCAUGCCACUCUACUGUGAUCAAUAGUACCAUUGACUCUAUCCUGGAAAUGGGGAUUUCUCUCAUAUUUGCAAUUUUUUUAUUUUUUAUUUUCCCCUUCUGAUUGACUCUGAAGAGAAGGUUGGAAUUCUUUUUUCCUUC